UUUUGGUCACGCACUGCCUGAUGUUCAACAGGUUGGUGUGACAAAACAAGGGGGUUGGAGUUGAAGAUGGAGUUUUGUGAGAGUUCUAACAUCUGAGUCAGAGGACGGCGGGUGGAGAACCUCCAUGGUCGGCCGGUCUCCACCGAUAUUCACCUGAGACACCACAGACCAGAGGACCAGAAAACGUGUUCCGAACGGUGGAACAGAACAGGACCAUGAAGCGGGACCAUGAAGCCGUAUAGUAUAUUUUAAUUUGGAGGUUCUUUGGGAGGUGAAGGGGUGUGUGCAAAAUCAAGAUGAUAUAUUUACGUGUGUGCUCUCAGGCGCUGUUUUGGUUCAAGGAGCCGACACCCCACGCGUGUGAGUGUUCCACUCGUUGCUCAGCCGCCAUCCAUGGCGCCGGGUGAGGGUCUCGUCUCUUUGGCAGCACCACGGAAGCCAGAAGACGUCCUGGCGGAGGAAGACGUCCUGGCGGACGAGCUGACGGACGAUCUUCCCAAGACGCCCAGAAGCUCUUUUAACACCUGGAAGCACACGGACCUGCCGAAGGGAAUGCCGAGUCCGCCAAGCUUCCGAGCACAUGCUCAACAUGUGGAGAAUUUGGAGGAGUUCUUGGAGGCAGUGGAAGAUGCUCCCAACAGGCUGGUGAGUUGGGUGAAGCGAAGCCGCCAGGAGAGGCUGAAGGACUUGGGAUGGACGCGAUGAGAGGUGUCAUGCCAGCAGUGCUUUCCGCCAAAUCCCAGGUCCCAAAAUGCGAUCCCACCGGGUGGCGACGUGGCACUGGCCCUUCGAUGUUUAAAUAUGGCUAAGAUGGCAAGACGGUGAGCGUUGCAGACGGCAGAUGACCACUGUCUUGUAGUAGCUUGCGAACGGGCCGUGAUUUGCUGUGUUUCAAGUGUAGUUUGAUACUCAAGUUUAGGAGUGGUGAUCCGGAGAUCGUCAUCCUUCAAGGAUGUUGUCUUCCUUACUAGGCCUUUCGUAGGACGACAUUUGCUCUUAGACGC